UAUUUUGUUUUUAUUAAUCAGGACCCAAAAUGUGGAUGGAGAUCCAGCGCGGGGAGGGUCCACAGGCCCCACCGCUGAACGACGAGUCCGUAUAUGUGGGCGAUGUGUUGACGCUCAUCUUCACUCUUUCGGACAACGUCUACUGGUUUGACUCCAAUAUCCUCACGUGUUAUGCCGUCGAUGGUGGUGAGAAAAAGAGCCGUAUAGAAUGGGACACGAGUGACCACAAGGACGUUUCUGCCGCGGCUCGAGUAUUUAGUGGAGAAACCACUGUGAUUGAGAAUGGGUGUUCGGUGAAGCCCAAAAUAUUUUCGCAUUUCUUCAAAGAGAAGCAUAAUUCGCCAAAUGGAGAUAUGGUUACGUUACACUAUGCGCACUUCAAGGCUUUCAGAUUCCCAACCUCCAUGAAGAUUGUUCUUCAGUGCGAUGUCCAAGUCUGUUACAAGGCAUGCGAGGAGAUGCCGCCUUGCAGCGAGGCCUUCACUCCCCGCGUGUCGUUGGAAGAGCGCAGGCGGCGACGUCGAGCGUCCGAGGACAACGCUAAUGCCAAGACCGAAGGCGCAGUCGAGCUGGACAGAGUCAACCUCUACCGCAGCAUAGAGGUGUACAUGCCCGACGAAUCCGGCUCAGAGAGCAUCAGACUUACAGCUCCUAUCAACCAAACUCCUAAUAACUGUUACACAGCCUCUGCAUUCUUUGGAACCGUGCUAGGGUUAAUGGCCAUCAUAAUCAUCCUUAUUAUAAUGUUGAUGUUUAUUUAUUUGAAAGUGAAAAUAACCCCACCGUCUUUCUUCUCGCCAAACAAGACGAAAGGGUAAAAAAAUGUUUUUGCCUUCUCUUCUAGCUGACCAUUUGUUUAGCUGGUAGACUUGUAUUUAUAAUGCGAUUUUAAUAAAUAUAUUUUACAAUU